UAAAACAUGGGCAAAUUUCAUUAGAAUUCAAUAGAAGUCCACCAGCAAAAGUAAUGAAGUCUGAUGGACGAUUUUAGUGAAUUGACAGCUACUACCCUAUAAAACACAUUAUAAUUGUAAUACAAUAACGAUGAUGAUUAUUAUAUAUUUUUUAAUCACGUUUAAAAAUAAACCCGUUUAAAGUUUCAUUUUAAGUAAAGUCACUGUAACCAAAAUUCAGCAGAGGUUCGAAAGUGGGCAGGGUGUGCUCUUAUUUUGAAGUCGUAACAAAAUUAAAUGUUGCGUUCUUAAAGGUGUCUGAGGACGACAUCGUCUGGUACUGUUGAUGUUAACAGACAAGAUGAAGGUUCUCUUUUUCUUUUCUCUGUUUUUCACUUUUUAUUUUUAUUCUUCAUCUCGGAUAAACGACAGCCCUGUCAUUGGUGAGUGUUUUAUUUCUCUUCUGUUCCUAAUUUAACUCACUCUUUUAACAAAAAAAGAUACGUUUUUUUAGGUUUAUUGCCAUUAUCACAGAUCCAAAGCGACAGAAAGAGCGAAAGUAGAAGAUGUGAUUUGCGAGGAAAGAAUUUACGUCGAACGGUAACGGAAUAACAAGUGCACGUAAAGAAGUUUAGAGGAGUUGUAGUGAUAACAAUAUAUUUUAUAUUUUAAGACUAUACCGGUCAGGUCGAAUGUAGUUUGAGGUCGUUAGUGUCUAUUUGAACAGGUGAGCUAGGAUUAAAUAUUUAAUAUUUUUUAAUUAUAAAGAAUUGUAUUCAUUGUGUGUAACGGGCAGUUGAACUGUGACCUGAUAUUUAGAGGCACACAGGAAGUACAUUUUUAUUUUUAUUUUUAUCUUCAUCUUCUGGGUGUCUUGGUUCAGAGUCCCCGGCUUCAGUCCGCUGACCGCAGGUUGUUUAUUGCGGCGUCCUAUAUAAAGUUCCUGGAGGCUGCAGGGGCCAAAGUGGUUCCUGUCUUGCUUGAAAGAUCUUUGGGUGAAUACAAGGAACUGUUCAACUCCAUUAAUGGACUCCUUUUACCUGGAGGAUCAACCAAUAUUUACACAACUAAUUACAGCAGGGCACUGAGGAUACUUUUUAAACUGGCUCUUGAGGCCAACAGGAAGGGCGACUACUUUCCAGUGUGGGGCACCUGCCUCGGAUUCCAAGCGUUGUCGUUUAUGGUCAGUUCCGAGAUCAGACUGACACGCACCAACAGCAAAGGCAUGGCAUUGCCGCUCAACUUUACUAAAGAAGCCAAAGGCAGCAGGAUGUUUAGUGGGUUUCCUGAUGAACUCAUACAGGAACUGGCGUCUAAACCUCUGGCUCUACACUCACACAAGUGGAGUGUUACGUCACGGGUGUUUUACACAGACCAUACACUGUCCACCUUUUACAGAGCCAUCACUACAAACUGGGACGAGAAACAAGAAUAUGUGUCAACACUUGAAGGCUAUCGUUAUCCGUUUUAUGGAACGCAGUGGCAUCCAGAGAAGCUGGCCUUUGAAUGGAACCAGUCUUCCAUUCCACACAGUGCCUUAGGAAUCCGGAUCAUGUUCUACUUAGCUGAAUUCUUUGUCAACGAAGCCAGGAAAAACUUCCACAGCUUUAGUUCCGAGGCUAAGGAGAGAAAAGCUCUAAUAUGGAACUACUACGCCGUUUCCUCUGGAGUGAGAGGCGUUUAUGUGCAAAAAUACUAUAUUUGAAUCUCUAUUUAGAGCAGCUUCGGCUGUAUUUCUAUGAUUCAGUUGUAUUUUUCUGUCCUGUCCUAUUAUUUCUUUCAUCUGUUUUCUAAUUUAAUAAUGGCUAUAGAAAAUUUUGAAUCAUUAAAAACUGUUCUGAUCAAUGAUAAUUAAAGUGUUUCCUGACCAAUCCUGGAUUUACCUGACGGAACAAACACCAAAAUAAAGAGUCCUAAAAUGCAAA